AUGAAUACCAAUAAAAAGUUUCAAACUGCUCCAAUAUUUAGCUGGCCAAAUUCUAAUGAAAUAAGUGCUGAUUUUGGUGCUUUAGGUGGUUUUUGUCUUUCAAAAAAUAAUAUUGAUGGGGAAUUUAUGAACAGCGGAUCAACAAAUAAUCAACCUACUGGAGUAGUUCCCAUAACACCUAUCAAACAAUAUUUUCCACAUACACGUCGUUAUGAUCAAAACCUGAACAUUCAUCGUAACAUAGCUCUUUCCAAAUCAUAUUUUACUCAAAAUGCUGAACACAUGCAUAAUGUAAUUCCAGAAUUUGAUAUUCCUCUAGAUUUUCUUGCUGAAACUUUUAUAAAUGAAUCUAUUACUGAAGAAGAAUAUCAUUACACCAAUGAUUCUUGCAUGGGAAGUCAACUUAUUUCAAUUUGUGAUUAUCGUAUAGUAGAUGGCCAACCACUCCAACUUAUGAUUUUUCCAAUGGGCAUUGCAGGAUCUGAGUUAUGCAUGGUCCCAUUAAAAAAAGAGAAUAACUUUCAUGAUUCAGAAUUUAAGAUCAGUCAACUUAAACUAGACCUAUCAAACAGUUCAAGAUUAAAUUUAAAAACACCUAUUAGACAAGUCACAACUUCCAUAUCUGAAAAAUGGCUUGUUAAUAAAUUACCUGGCUUAAUGGCUGUACGAACAAUGACUGGAACAAUUUUUUUCGAAUUUACAAAACAAUCUAAUUAUGAGCCAAUUGCUAUGGAUGUCCUAGUGAAUAACACAAAUAAAUUUUAUGAACACAUGCAUGUCACCUUCAAUCCAGUAUUAUAUGGUGAGGCAGCUAUAAUAGAUAAGUAUGAUGGUGUUUAUAUUUGGAGAGCAGAAAGAUCCAUAUCUACUCGAGAAUUUGAAAAGUCCGGUACAGAUUCAAUACACCUUCCAUCACCACAAACAAACAAACCACUAAGCGAAUUGUGGAAGGCUUGUGAGUAUGGUGCUCAUCCUCAAUCAUUGCUUGCUGCUUCUAGAACUAGUAUUAAUUUUUAUGAUUUUAGGGAAAAAGUGGAAUCACCAAAUGUUAAUUUAUAUAAUGUUAAGGUUGGAGAAAACAUAUAUGCAUUUCAAAGGUUUCCCAUGAUGAAUUCAUUUCAGACCAUAUUCUCAACUGACAAUGAUAUCAAUAUAUUAGAUCAAAGAUUUCCAAAAAGACCAUUAAUAAGAUGUGCGCAUCACUUUAAUAGCCCUCUAUCUGGAUUUAACAUUAUAGUCAAGAAAAAUGACUUUUCACAAUCAAAAUACUUGAGAACUCCAGACUUGACACAAUUAUCUCAUUCUUAUUAUGAACCAUUAAAGACACCUAAACUACCAUAUUUAUCCAGUGCUUUAUUGCUCCAAAAUGAUGUUCAAUAUUUACCAAGUGGAGUGAUUGAUGAUAAAAUAUUGAUAGACUCAUCUAUCGAUAACAGUAAUUGUUUCAGUGUAAUUCAACUCUCACAAACUGGUGCUUUAUACAAACAAACAUUUUAUCAUGCAGAUCAAACAAAUGCACCAAUGCCCAAGUACAAACAUCUAGAACUGUUUGAUAUGCAAUUUGUUGAUAUGCCAAAGUCUGUAGUGACUUUUCAACAUAUGGCUGACAAGGAUUUAGGCACUGUCCCAGAACUUCGAUUGAAACACUAUCAAUCCAAGUCUUUUGAGAAGUUAUGGAACUAUAUUUCCAAAGAUUUUAAAUCAUCAGGAAGUAACUAUAGUCUUAAAACCCUUAAUUUAAACUAUGAUACAAGUUUUUCUAAAUGGGAGGAUGUGGAAAAAUUUUUUAAAGAGUAUGGCAACAAAUUAGGUUUUAAUUGUCAUAGAAGGUUAAUAUUGACAGAUACAAAUGGAAAUGUUACAUUGGCAAAGUUUAAAUGUACUGAAGUUGAUUAUGAUCCAAAAAUUACAAAGUUUUCAAGGUUUUCUCCAUGUGGAUGGUCAGCUACACUUUCUCAUUCAAGAACUCAUAAUAGUAUUAUUGUUGCAAAUCUUAAUAAACAGCAUAAUCAUGACUUGUUUUCACCUUUAUACUACUCUGAAAGAUGGGAGUCAGGGGCAGCAGAUUAUUUAUCAAAUAACUCUAAUUGGUUUCUUACUAGUCUAGCUUCAUUAGAUCAUAGAACAGAAUAUAAAGCAAGGGACAUCAUAAAUACAUUGAUCAAUAAUAAAAUUAAUCUGGUACAUGAUAGAAUUAAUAAAUCCUUACAUCCAUCAACAAUAUAUGAGAUAUUAAAAAAUAUACGAAGCUCUUAUGAUGUUUCUACCCGCAGUAAUUCUGAAAUCAUUCGGAAUCAACAUUUUUCAGAAAAUUAUCGAUUAAUAGAUGAUGAAAGUGAAGAAAUAAUAAUGAUUGACUGGACUUCUGCUAAUAUGGAUGAAAUGUUAACUAUGCCACAAGGAAUAUCAUUAUCAGACACAAUUAUUUCACUGUAUGGUUUUCCUUUUAACAAAAUAAAUAAACAUCAUAACAAUAGCAUUAAUGAUACUUUAACAGAACUCAAAAAUAUUUUGAAGGAAGCAUAUCCUCUUCCAAUAAUGAAUGAAAAUAAUUUCAAUGACUGCUUUAAACAAGGUAAAAUUGUAGAUACAGAUCUUGAUUUAGAAAGUCAGAGUUUUCGAAAUCAUGCAAUUGAUGAAGUUGCAAGAGAUAUGACUUAUAGUUCAAUUAUGUACACAAGCAAUUUACAAAAUUCAUCUAGAUUUCUAUAUUCAAGUGUUGUUGGUGAUUCUAAAGUGGGUUCAACAGAUGUAGAUAGAAGUUCAUUUCCAUUAAUAUUUACCAACAAUAAAGUACUCGAUGAAGAAAAAAAGAUUAUAUUUAAUCCAAUAGCUGAAGCUAUAUUCGAUAGUUGGGUUAUAGGUGAAGAUUACACCAAAUUUCAAUAUGAAUAUCCCUAG